ACACCGGUUGCUUCAAUUUCAACUCUCCGACCACUUCACCUGACCAAAAAACCAGAUCAAUUCAUUUCAAUUUUUUUUUUUUUAUAUUUUUUUUUUUGAUUUCAUACAAUAGAAAAUUUACAAGAGUGAUGAGUACUGCUACAGCCGCCGCUGCUCUGACAUCCACAAUUUUCGGCAACCAAAAUCCAUGCAACCGGAGAUGGAUGGAAAUCUCCCACUCUCCGGCGGGCAACCCCGGCCGCAGAUCGUUGGUCACCAGGGCCGCCGCUUCCACCGACAAGGAGAAGAAGAAUCAGCCCAAGAGGAAGACCAAGCGGCCGAAGGAAGUUCUAGAAGAGGAGAAACCCCCGCCGGCGGCGGCGGCGGCGGAGGAUGGAGAAAUGCAGGGAGUCUCCACCGCCACUUCCGUAUCGGCGAUCAAGAGCCGGCUCGACGAGGUGAAUCCGGUGGGCCUGGGGCGGAGAUCGAGGCAGAUUUUCGACGAAGUGUGGCGGAAAUUUUCGGGUCUGGGGACGAUUUCGAGGACGGCGAGGACCGACGCCGAUGAGGAGGCGCUCCUCCUGAGAGAGGGUGGGCCCAUGUGUGAGUUCGCCGUUCCCGGAGCGCAGAACACCACCGUGCUUGUGGUCGGCGCCACCAGCCGCGUCGGCCGGAUUGUUGUCCGGAAGCUUAUGCUCAGGGGUUACACUGUCAAGGCAUUAGUGAGAAAUGCAGAUAAAGAAGUGGUGGACAUGCUUCCAACUUCCGUGGAGAUUGUGACAGGAGAUGUAGGCGAGCCUUCGACUCUCCAAACAGCAAUCGAAGGCUGUAAUAAAAUUAUCUAUUGCGCGACGGCUCGUUCCACAAUUACCGGUGAUCUUAACAGAGUCGAUAAUCUCGGUGUUUAUAAUCUCAUCAAAUCAUUUCAGGACUACAACAAUAAGCUCGCGCAAUUACGAGCUGGUAAAAGCAGCAAAAGUAAGCUUUUAAUUCAAAAGUUCAAAUCGGAAGAUGCGAUGAGUGGCUGGAAGGUUCGUGAAGGAACGUAUUUUCAGGAUGUUAUUGCUGCUAAAUACGAUGGAGGAAUGGAUGCUAAGUUUGAAUGGAGUACUGAGAACGAAGAGGCCGUUUUUUCGGGAUAUGUAUUCAAUAGAGGAGGCUAUGUUGAACUGUCGAAGAAGCUUUCGCUUCCUCUUGGAAGUACCCUCGACAGGUAUGAAGGACUUGUGUUCUCGGUUGGUGGUAAUGGAAGAGCGUACGUAAUAAUUCUAGAAGCCGGUCCUUUGGCGGACACUUCGCAGAGUAAAAUGUAUUUUUCCAGGAUUAACACUAAAGUCGGCUUUUGCAGGGUUAGGGUACCCUUUUCAUCUUUCAGAGCGGUGAAUCCGGAAGAUCCACCUUUGGAUCCGUUCCUUGUACAUACAUUGACUAUCCGUUUUGAGCCAAGAAGGCAGAAAUCGGUCGACAGACCUAUUGGAGCUCAAGACUUGAGAAGCUUCCAAUUGAUUUUGGAAUACAUCAAAGCUUUGCCUACGGGGCAAGAAACGGAUUUUAUCUUAGUUUCAUGUACAGGAUCAGGAAUAGAACCUACUAGAAGGGAGCAAGUUCUCAAGGCUAAGAAGGCCGGAGAAGAUUCACUGAGAAGAUCAGGCCUUGGGUACACAAUUAUUCGCCCCGGUCCACUAGUGGAAGAACCUGGUGGUCAACGUGCUCUGAUUUUCGACCAAGGAAACCGAAUAUCUCAGGGAAUAAGCUGUGCAGAUGUUGCUGAUAUAUGCGUAAAGGCGUUGCACGACUCAACGGCAAGAAACAAGAGCUUUGAUGUAUGUUACGAGUACGUAGCUGAGCCUGGGAAAGAGCUCUACGAGUUGGUUGCUCAUUUGCCUGACAAAGCAAAUAAUUAUCUAACGCCGGCGCUUUCGGUUCUUGAGAAGAACACUUGAUGUCGAUGCUCGACUUUUGUUUGAUUUUGUUUUUUUAUUUUGUAUAUUUUUGUUUCGUGUGUUAUUAUUGAAGGGAAGGUGUAUGUUGUCAAAUAUAUAUAUGUGUAUAUAUUAUACAGGAACCAUGUGCAUUUUCAGUUCAUUCUCAAUUCAUACCAGAAAUUAAAAUUAAUAUUUUUU